AUGAGCAGCCAACGUGCCUCCAUGGGCAUAUCCGCGGGGGUCGCCGGGAACAUAGCCCAUACAGGGGUCGGUGAGAUGAAGAAUAAACGAGAGGGGGAAAAGAAGGAUAUGCAAAACCUGAAUGACAGGUUUGCUCAGUACAUCUCACAGGUUCGAACCCUAGAAACCGAGAACAAAGCCCUUCGUGAUGCCCUCAAGAAGAAGAGGAAAGAGUUUGAUGUUGAACCUAUGAAGGAAAUCUAUCAAACAGAAAUCGACGAAACCAAAAAGUUGCUUGAAGAGGCAAAUAAAGAAAAUGCCGACUUAAAAGUUCAAUUAGCUUCUAUCGAAGAUGAACUUGAGGACCAACGUUCAAUAUGCCGUCUCCAUGAAGAAAGGAUUGACCAAUUGCAAGACAAAGUCAAUAGCCUUAAUGAUGAAAAUGCUCAUCGGACCGCUGAAUGCGAUAUGCUGCGUAGAAAGGUGGAAGAACUUGAGCAUCAAGUGGGUCAUUGGAGAGCCAAAUACAAUGAACUUCACUCGCAACUGCAGGCCAUCAGAGCCGACUUGAAAGAUGAGACCAACCAACGUAUCGCUGAACAUUCACGUGCUGAGGCUUUACAGGAAGAACUCGAUUUUCUGAAAACCGUCACUGAUGCGGAACUGAGAGAGGAAUAUGAACAAAGACUGGGCGAUAUUUCCCAAGAAAUGUCAAGUCGUUACGAAAGCCAGCUGCUACAAAUCAGUCAAAAUGCCAAAGCUGAACCAUCCAGUGUUGUGCAUUCCAAGGACGAUUCCAGAAAAUACCGAACUGAGUUUUUUGAAACCAUUCUGUUUUUAUUCUAUUUUUCUUUUCUAAUCUUCUUCUCAUCCUUCUUUUUCGAAUUCUUGUUUCUUUUUCUACCAUUUUUCCUCUUCUUUCCUUUCUUUGUCCCACUUUUUCUUCUUUUCUUUCAUCCGCUAUUGUUUUCUUCAUCUUCCAUUUUUUUUCUUUACUUGUUUUCUUUCUUUUAUUCCUCGUCAUCCCUAAUUUCAUUCCUUCUUCUCUUCUACCUCUUCCUCUUCUUUCUCCCAUCUUUAUUUUAUUUUAUUCUUCCAUUCAUCAAUUCUUCUUUGUCUCUACGUGUCUUUUUCUUUUAUCGCUUUCUAUUCCCAUUCCCUUUUAGCUCGCUUUUAUUUCUCUCUUCCGUUCUUUCUAUCUUCCUUUCUUUAUUACUUUUUUGUUCUUCUUUAUUCUUCUUCUUUCUUGUUAGUUUUUUUUGUUUCCUAGCUUUUAACUAUUUUUUGUUCGUUCUUUCUUUUUCAUUGUUUAUUUCUUUCUUUUUUAUAUGUUUUCCACAGUACUGCGUUUUCCUUCCUAUUCCUUUCUUUUUUCUCGUUCUUUUUCUUCUUUCUUUUUUUUUUUUUGUUACUUUCUUUUCCAGCGUUCAACUUUAUUUCUUUCUUAUUUGUUUUCCAAUGUUAAACUUUGUAUUUUCAUUCCAUCGUUUUCCCUUUCUUUCUUUCUUUCUUUCUUUCUUUCUUUCUUUCUUUCUUUCUCCACUGCUCUUCUUCUUCACUCUUUCUUUCUUUUUAUUAUUAUUAUUGUUUUUUUUUCUCUCUCUCUCUCUCUAUUCAGCUCGAGAGAAUGAGACUAGAAUUAAACAGCUUGCACGGUCAACUGGACAGAGUAAAUGA